ACAUCCAUCAGACAAUUCGUAGAUAAUAUACUAGAUCUAUAUAUAUCAGCUGUUAAAUCAGUAGACCUAGAUAUCUUAUCUUAAGAAUCUAUUAGACUUAUAUAUUUAUUUGUAUAUCUAGAUUUAUUAGAAUCCACAAUAAAACAUUUUGAACGUCCUCACAACAAAACCCGGUCUAAAAUAAAGCUUUAGAAAACUUCGAUAGGCUAUGAAAUUAUGAUUAUCCAAGUUAUCCUUUUCUUAAGCGUAUUAAUAUUAAUACCAAACGUAUCAGGUCACAGUGUGGGAAAUUUAAAAUAUUUUGAGACCUUCAGUGCUAUCACUGUGACAUCGAGACUAAAGAGAUCGAGGGACAGCCAAGAAUUGAUUAAAGAUUUAAAAUUCACAGUUUUCAAAAGAAAUUUCCAUUUGAUUUUAAAAUCAGGAACAAAUGUUCUUGCGAAAGAUUUCCACGCUAAACUUGUGGAGGCAGAUGGCAGAACAACAUCAGUUCAUAUUGAUCAAAGCCUACUGUACACUGGCUACCUGGUUGAGAAUACUUCCGUUCUGGUCAGUGCACAUAUUGAAGAUACCUUAUGGACAAUACAAAUUCAUGAAUACAAUGAUACUUAUGGCAUUGAGCCUGCGCGUAACAUGUUGAAAUCCUCAGAUAAUCCACUGAAUCAUACGCUAAUUGCUUAUAGAAGCUCUGACCUAACAGAGAAUGCUGGGAAAUGUGCCACACUUCACUCGGAAUCCAAUGACUGGAUCAAACAAUACUUGCACCCUCAUCAUGUGAACAUCACAUCUGAGAAUCAUAAUCAGUCAAGGGAGAGAUUGCGUCGUGAGACAUACCUACAAAAAAACACCUGUGUUAUGAGCAUCAUUGCUGACUAUGAUUUCUUCUCUAUAAGAUGUCACAGCAACUACUUAACAUGCUCGGCCAUUAUAAUCAGCCUUGUAGAACAUGCUGACAGAAUAUUUAGGUCAUCUAAAUUUGUAGACCUUUGGAAUACUAUCUAUUUGGGUAUUGGCUUGCAGAUUGGACAUAUGCUGCUGUACACUGCUCCUACUUAUACCUCAGACACAAGAAUGUCUCAUUUUAAUGCUAAAGGAAUACUGUGGGACUCUAUGGAUAAAAUGAAUUCUCUGGAAUAUUAUCUGAGCUUUAGACAGAAGCAUUACUGCAUAACUCACCUGUUGACCAGCUACCCCAUGCCAGAAAGAAUUCUAGGAGUAGCAGAUGUGAAAGGUAUUUGUUGUGGUGCACGCCCAGGCGGGACUGUGCAGAGUUGUUCCUUCACAUCAAGCAUUGACUCCAGUUCUGGACAUCUUACGACCCAACAGAUGAAACAAACAUUUACACAUGCAUUUUUCUCAGAAAAAUCUUAG